UUUUAGUGUUCGUCGAGUAUUGACACUUGGGACAUAGUUAGUCGUUACCCAGCUCGGUUAACGCGUCAAAUAAUAGUCAAGCCACUGAAACUUACUCAUCAAGAAAUUACUCUCUCUUUCUCCUUAUAUUUGUGGUCUCACCACCAUUUUUUUUUUGUGAUUUUUUUCUGAAGCUCAAGCAGAAUCAAGCCAAAAUUUUCAGAUACCCAGAGCUAAUUUUUGUGUUUUCUCUUCAGUUCUUCGUUCAUAUAUAUCUACAUUCUCUCUUCAUCCCCUGUUUUUUCUUUCUUCUCUUUUCUCCUCGAUAUUUCUUACCAUAAUUCUAAACCAUUUUUCUUCUUCUUUCUUCGUUUGGUCAUACCACAGAAGCAAUUUUGACCCAAAAUUCAAUGUGGGUGGUUUUUGUUAGCCUUAAGCCCGACCCCAUUAUGGUCUUCAUUUGAACUAGAUAUAUAGUUGCUUCUGUAAAUUUAAACUCCCGGGGUUCUGGGUAUACCUGCAAUGAGCUUCUUAAGACCUUCCGCUCUGUAUUAUCUCUUCUUUACGUACCCUUCAUUGCGAUGGAUGCCGUGCCAGAGUUGGGGUUUUCUCCGAUCGCCAGGUCUUGAUGGGUUUAUGAGACUCUUCGUGGUGUUUCUUUUAUGGUCCAUGCUUUCUGAAAUUCGAUUCAUACCAUCUUCUUCUAUGUACCCGACUAUUCUUGUUGGCGAUCGCAUCAUUGUUGAAAAGGCUUCAUAUUACAUAAGAAGUCCUGCAUUACAUGAAGUGGUGACAUUUUGGAAUCCAACACAGCCACCAGAUGAUGCGGAAAGGACUGUUUUCAUAAAGAGAAUUGUUGCCAAAGCUGGAGACUUUGUUGAGGUCAAUAAUGGAUUACUCUACGUUAAUGGAAUUGCUCAGCAAGAAGAUUUUAUAGCAGAACCACAUAGAUAUGUAUUAAAUUUAACGUAUGUGCCUGAAGGUCAUGUUUAUGUGUUGGGUGACAACCGUAAUAAUAGCUAUGAUUCCCAUUAUUGGGGACCUCUUCCUGUACGGAACAUCAUCGGAAGAUAUGUAAUUUGUUGCCACAGACCAUCCAACAGUUGAGACGAGAUUUGAAGAUGAGCCACCGCUGCUGCUCGCUAGAGCCAUCUAACUAUAAUCUGAGUGCCUCUAAACUUUGCCAUAUUACAGAAGAAAAUCGAGCUGAUCACGUUUUUUACACCCGCGGAUUCCUUGUUCUGCUUAUUGGUGAUCCACAACUCAUUUUAGUAAUUUAUGCUAGGCAUUCUAUUCUCUUAAUUUGUUUGCCUGCAGUAAGAUUUUUAAGACGAUUGUAGAAUUUUGUUAGACUAAACAUUUUCAUAAACACUUGCAGUUAUGGACUUGUGGUGUUUUGCCAGUUUAGUUUAUGCUUCAUAAUUUAGC